GUCUUUGUUUCUGGUUGGUACCUGCGCUUCCCGCUCGUCAGGCCCCCGCGCCUCACACCCGGGUUUCAGGGUCGCCCCCUAAAUUAAAAUUUCUGAGUCUGCUCGUCUGUCUCGCUAAUAAUCUAACCUGAGAAUCUGAGAGAAAGAGGAAAGAAACGUGGCAUGGCUCUUUCCAAGGGGCAGUUGACCUUCAGGGAUGUGGCCAUAGAAUUCUCUCAGGAGAAGUGGGAAUACCUGGACCCUGCUCAGAGGGCCUUGUACAGGGACGUGAUGUUGGAGAACUACAGGAACCUGCUCUCCCUGGGUGAGGAUAACUUCCCUUCUGAAGUUGGGAUCCUUUCUGCUGGAUUUGCAAUAAAGGAAUUAUUGCCAAGAGAGGACAUUAAUGAAGGAGAAUUCUGCCAUCUAUUGAUAUUGGAAAGAUAUGAAAGCUGUGGCAUGAAGGAUUUUGACCUCAAAGAAGUCUUGGAAAAUAUGCAUGAGUUUGGGAGUGUGUGGGGACAUGAUGCCAGAAAUCACAAAGCAGUGCCGUUAAUCCAUAUUGGAAAGCUCACUCAUAGAAUAGAUGAAUGUAAAAAGUACACAGAUAAUUUUCCUCAAAAGCACAGUGUUUCUGUACGAAAUCAUAUCAAUAUUUCAUGCAUGAUGAGCCAUUUAUAGGAAAUUUGUUAAAACUGAAAAAUAACAUAAGUGAUGCUAGAAAUGAAUACACAAUGUGUUUGGAAAAUAGAACUCAAUCAGUUUGGCAGGCACACCUAGCUGAACUGCAGAGAUUUCAAACUGAGGAGAAAAUUUAUGAAUGCAGUCAAGUUGAGAAGUCUAUCAACCAUGAUUCCUCAGUUUCACCACUUCAACAAAUUCCUCCCAGUGUUAAAAAUAUAGGUAAUAAAUAUAGGAAGGUUUUUAAAUAUCUUUUGGUACCUGCACAAUAUGGGAAAACACAUAAUAAAGAAAAAUCUUAGAAAUGUAAUAACUGUGGAAUGGCUUUUAGCAAAAGCUCAUACCUCUUGAAACAGAGAAUUCAUU